AUGCUGGGAUCACCUUACAUCAAGUUUAUUUAUAUUUUAAGUUUACCCUUAGAUAAGAUAAAUAAGAAAAUCUUGUGUUUUAGAAGAGGUUUUUCUAUUCUAAAAGGGGUUAAUCAGCAGGAAACGUCGUCGGAUGACGAUGGAUCCUCAGAGGCUACACGUGAUAUAACUUAUGAAUUUAAUGAAUUUUCUAAUUUAAUACCUCAACAUAAAAAAAAAGUCAACAAACAGUUUUUACAAUGA